AGCUACUAAUAAGGCAAACUUGGGGGAGCGGCUGCGACAUGAGGUUAGGAGUGCAUAUGACAUAAAUAGAGCUUAUGGAUUAGCAUACUACGUGUGUUCACAAUUGAAGAUAUGUUAAUUUCAUCUUUCCAUUUUGUGAUACAUCAAGCCUAACAAUUGAGAUUUCACGCGGACGAAUCAUGUGAUAUGCUACUUCCACAAUAAACAUUUGUUAAUAUUUAUGAGAGGAGAAUGAUGUGGAUUAUCUUCACACUCUCGAAGCAAAAUUUGCAUAACAAUUAACAAUGAAAAUGAAAUAGUUUUCUUCUGUACAGAGUCACACUUCGCACUUUUGUCGAAGGUGUUUAGCCGAAAAUAAACCUUCACGAAUGUUUCUGCGUCCGGAUAGUUCCACACCGGGUUGCACAAGUAGUCCUGAUUUCAUCAUUCUGAGAACGGAUGUUGACUGAAGCACAUACCGGUCUUCUCUGCAGGUUGUGCCACUGAUAAGAAUAUCGCAAAAGAAGCGGAUCAUUCGCUAGAAAUCCAUUUACUUUCGUUAACAAUUCACUUGUGUCGGUAGACUGCAGAAUAUAUUAUCAUACAUCAUGACGAAAGCGGAUAAGACUGCGCAAGAGUGGAAAGGAAAAGGUAACGAGGAGUUCAACAAGGGCAAUUGGUCGGAGGCUUUAGAUUGCUACACGAAUGCAGUGGAACUGACGAAAGAAGACAACGCGGAUAAAGCGAUAUAUUACAAAAAUCGGGCUGCCGUUUAUUUGAAGUUGCAGGAAUACGAGAAAGUGAUUGCGGACUGCAGCGACGCGUUAAAAAUAUGCUCCAAUGAUCCCAAGGCGUUGUUCCGUAGAUGUCAGGCAUUAGAGGCGUUAGAGAGGUUUGAGGAAGCGUAUCGGGACGCGAGGCACAUUGUUCUAUCCGAUCCCAACAACAAAUCUGUCCAGCCUGUACUUGCGCGUUUACAUGAGAUUGUACAGGAACGAUACAAGGAAAAUUCUCGCAUCAGUUCGAAGGUAUCGCAAAUGUUGGACAUGGCCUUCAACAUGAGCAUAGACAGGGAAAAACGCGAGAUCGCUAUGAAUAAUCUGCUCGUGCUCGCACGUGAGAGGGCCGGCGCGGAGGAGAUCUUCAAGGAAGGAGGCGUAUCCAGGAUCACGAAGCUUCCGAAGGUCGAGACCAGCGAGGAGGUGAUAUGCAGCGCGAUCCGCAUCAUAGCCGAAUUGUGUACGAACAACGUUACUCGGACCGAAUCCAUCGUAAGGGACGUCGGUGUGCCUUGGUGCUUGGAGAUGAUAAACAGCAAGCAUAAAGAGAGAGUCAACGCGUCGCAAUAUUGCUUACAGACCAUACUAAAUGCCUACAGCGGUAUGGACAACAAGCCCGGCUCGAAACCCGACAAGACCCUGUGCGAGAAGUACAAGAAGGAGAUAGACACGAUCCUGUCGUGCUUGCUGUACAGCGUAACGAACAGGACGAUAACUGGCUUAGCGAGAGACGCCAUCAUAGAACUCGUUAUGCGUAAUAUUCAUUACACCGCGUUGGACUGGGCGGAGCGGCUGGUCGAGCUUCGCGGUCUGCAGAGAUUGAUGGAGGUGGCCAGUGAAUUGGAGGAAUACAAAUACGAGUCCUCGAUGGAGAUUACACCUUCCACGCGGACCAUUACCAGCGUGUGCCUGGCUAGAAUAUACGAGAACAUGUACUACGACGCUGCCAAGGAGAGGUUCAACAACGCUAUCGAUGAAUUUAUCAAGGAUAAACUGCUCAUGCCGGAUAUAGAAUCCAAGGUGCGCGUGGUAGUCUCGAUAACGACUUUACUGCUGGGCCCGUUGGACGUUGGGAACGCGGUGGUGGCGAAGGAAGGUAUUCUCGAGAUGAUUCUCGUAAUGGCGGGGACGGACGACGUGAUGCAGCAGAAAGUCGCGUGCGAAUGCAUCGUCGCCGCCGCGUCGAAGAAGGACAAGGCCAGCGCGAUCAUAAGUCAGGGCGUGAACAUACUGAAGAGAUUGUAUCAGUCCAAGGACGACUCGAUUCGCGUGCGAGCGCUGGUCGGAUUGUGCAAGUUGGGCAGCUCCGGCGGCACGGACGCGGCCAUCAGGCCGUUCGCCGACGGGGCGACGAAGAGACUGGCCGAGGCCUGCCGGCGAUUCCUGAUCGAUCCCAAGAAACAGAAGGACAUGAGGAAAUGGGCGGUGGAGGGUCUGUCGUAUCUUACCUUCGACGCCGAGGUCAAGGAGAAGCUGAUCGAGGACCAGCCGGCCGUCCAGGCGAUGAUCGAACUGGCCAAGACCGGGGAUCAGUCGGUGAUCUACGGCGUGGUCACCACCCUGGUGAACCUAUGCAACGCUUACGACAAGCAGGAGAUCAUACCGGAGAUGGUCGAGCUGGCGAAGUUUGCGAAACAUCAUAUACCGGAGGAGCACGAGCUCGACGAGGCCGACUUCGUGAACAAGAGGCUGUGCUCGUUGGCGAAGGCUGGUGUGACCAGCGCCCUGGUCAGCCUCUCUAAGACGGACAGCUGUAACAGCAGGGAGUUGAUAGCGCGCGUGUUCAACGCGAUCUGCAGCCGGCAGGAGGUGAGAGGUAUCAUCGUGCAACAGGGCGCGGCGAAGGCGCUGCUGCCGUUGGCGCUGGACGGCACGGACAAGGGUAAGAAGCAAGCCUCGCAAGCUCUCGCUCGCCUGGGCAUCACGAUCAAUCCGGAGGUCGCGUUCCCCGGCCAGAGGAUCAUGGAGGUCGUGCGGCCGUUCCUCAACCUGCUCAGCCCGGAGUGCUCGGCCCUCGAGAACUUCGAGAGUCUGAUGGCGCUGUGCAACCUGGCCGGCGUGAACGACAGCGUGCGGAAGCGGAUACUGCAGGAGGGCGGCUUCCAGAAGAUCGAGAACUACAUGUACGAGGAUCACGACAUGUUGAGACGCGCGGCCAUCCAGGUGGUGAACAAUCUGAUGAUGUGCGAGGAGACACUCAAGUACUUCGAGCAGGAGAACGACCGGGUCAAGUAUCUCGUGAUACUGUGCGGGGACGAGGAUCGGGACACGGGCAUGGCGGCGGCGGGAGCACUGGCGAUGCUCACGUCAGCGAGCGAGAAGACGUGCGAGAAGAUCUUCGAUUCGAAGGACUGGGCGGAAUCUCUGCGCUUCUUGCUCGCCGAUCCGAACGGCGACCUGCGACACCGAGGCGCCGUCAUCGUGCUGAACAUGAUGAAGAGCACGAAGGACGUCGCUGCGAGGCUCAUCGACACGGACAUAAUGGAGAUACUGAUGGCGUUGAGCAAGAACGAGAAUGCUCAGAACGAGAGUGUGCACAACGAGAAGGUGAAGGAAAUGGCGACUGCCGCUUUAGACGCCGCCGCUGAGUGGAAACUGAUCAAGAGAAACGUCGCCGAGGAGGAACCGUCGCAAGGUGCCAGCAAUGUGGAACAUACCGAUUGAGGAUGUCGUCUUGCGCUGCGGCUCGGUGCCAUCAUUGGCAACAUUGGGACGCGUUUGGAUAUUCGUUGAAAACCGCGUUUCAUCGGCGUGUCAUCUUCGACUGUAUUUCAAAUCACAAGUGCCUCAAAUCGUUAAAUAUGUACGUAACUACUUAACUUAAGUCUCUGUAAUAUUCUCUAGUUUUAGAGAAUAUUAUACACUAUAUACACUUAAUGUGCGUUAUGUAUUAAACGAUAGUUAAACAUAUUUAUAUUUAUAUGGAUUUAAAUAUAUGCAAUUGUUAUUCC